AUGUUCACGCUCACAUGUCACUUCCACUUCUUCUUCUGUGUUUUUAAAUACGUAGUGAAACUCCCACAGCUUCAGUUCAGCGGCUGCUCAACGGUGACACUGAUGGCGCCGUGCUCUCUGCUGCCCCUGCUGCUCACUCUGAGUACUGCACUACAGCUGCAUGACCUCAGCACAGACCACCAGGACUGGGACUACAAACAUGGCCGACGCAGUCAGAGUCCCAGCUGUAAAUGGAAGUGUAUGCAGUUCACCCUGCAGUGGCCCGGAGGGUUCUGUCAGAGUUUGUACAAUGAGUCUUUGUGUCAAAUCCCUCCAAACAUCAACACCUGGACCAUCCACGGCCUGUGGCCUCAGCGGGUGCAGAGAUGCUGUGAGUGUUGGCCGUUGUUCCUCUACGACGUCCAGGAGCUGGAGGCGGAGCUUAGUGAACGCUGGCCGUCCCUAGUGAAGUUUAAAUCCAGUUUCCAGUUCUGGAAAGACGAGUGGGAGAAACACGGAGCGUGUGCAGCGUGUGUGGAAGAACUGAAGGGUCCGCGCAAAUACUUUCAGAUCUGCCUCAAACUGAGACAGCACUUCGACAUCCACAGAUUAUUGGAUGACGCUGGGAUCACUCCUUCAUGUCAACGACCCUACGAGGUGGAUGAGGUGCAUCGUGUCCUGACUCCACUGCUGGGCAGAAAACACGAACUGGAAUGUGUGACGGACCAACAGGACAGACAGGUGUGGUUUCAGGUGAAGACGUCUCUGUUUCCAAACCUGACCAUCGACUGCGUCCACCACAGAGACGCAGACGCCAUGGCAGCAGGUUCAGGGCGGAGCUACAGCAGAGGACACGCCUGCCCCACUGAUGUGCCACUGUACUACCUGCCCAUAGACCACCACCACUGGGGGGCGGAGCCUGUACCUGACAGACCACCACCACUGGGGGGCGGAGCCUGUACCUGACAGACCACCACCACUGGGGGGUGGAGCCUGUACCUGACAGACCACCACCACUGGGGGGCGGAGCCUGUACCUGACAGACCACCACCACUGGGGGGCGGAGCCUGUACCUGACAGAAUACCGCCGCAGUGACCUUUAACCCUUUGUUUUCCCGCCCACAGACAUCCUUUCACCUAAAGCCAUAUUCUUCUCAGUGUUGUUAUAAUGUCUGAUCAUUUUUCAUAGUUUGUUUUUAAGUUUUUUUUUUGUUUUUUUCUGUACGUUUUUUUAUUUCAUCAACUUGAGCCAUAAACAAAAAUACCAAAUACUCAAUAACUGUAAGCGUUUUCAUAAUACAAUUUUCCUUCUUUGCAGUAAAACAAAAGAGAAACACUGGGAGUUCCCAUUAUUUAUAGGCUGUUAUUUUAAAGAUUCUGCCCAUUUAAGAUCAAAAUGAGCAGAAUGUGGAAGUGGAACUAAAAUGAGUUUGAAAAGUAUUGUUAGAUUUUUUUGUAACUCGUGCCCAGAAAAAACAGGAGGGCAGUGGAGACACCUGUUGGACACUCUGUGGGACAAAGAACACCAUUGACUGUCAUAUUUUCUGGAGUUGUCCAGUGAUCGAACCAUUCUGGGAACAGCCGAGUGAACAUUUAAAAAACAUUUUGACUGAAAAAAUUCCUUGUAAAUGUGAAACCCUGUAUUUAGGAGAUAUUUCAUGUGAGGACUGGACUCUGAAAGAUAAAAAUUCUGGAUUCUGUAA